UUUGUUUGAAAACUGUCAGGGUGGGAACUGAAGAUUACUAUUGUGGAAAAAUAUUAAGCAGUAGUUGAAUAUAAUCAUUGACUCUCAUUUACAAGGGUUGCAGUCUCACUACCUUAUCACUUUACACUAACGAAACUUCGGUGAGUUUAAACGAACGUCAGACCCUUACAUGAUUCAAACUGCAUACUAAUUACUACUUAUGUGCAUUACUUUAACCGCAAAUGCUUUAUUCUAUUUAUUCUAACUUACAACAAUUUGUAUUUUGUGCAUUGUUUUGGUACGACGUUGUCAAGACGACCUAGGCUUCGGCGUUGCUGGGCAUAUGCAACUCGUUAUGCCGAACAACGACGACAUAAUCAUCUGACAGACGUGUUUUGCCGGUCGGCCCCCGAGGGUUUGUACGUCUAACACCUUCGAGACGUCCACCAACUUUACGCAUUUGCCAUUCACCUUUGACGACGGUCUCGUGUAUUGUCCUAGACUUCGCGUUCACUUUCGUAUGCAUUCGGUCAGUCACUUCGUACUUACAUGAUUAGUUAAGCCGCAAGCAGUGUUGUUUUUGUGUUCAAUUAAUUUGGCUGUAACGCAAGUAUAUAUUGUAGAGAAAGUGCAAACGAGAAUUCGAAUUAUGGAAAAGUUGGAAAAUACAGUUUGAAUUGAAAAUAUUUGAAAGUGAAAAUGCAUAGUGAAAACGGCACAAAAUCAACUGUAAAUACCAGUUUGUAAAAAAUAUACAUAUAUAUGAAAUUCUAGUGAGCUUACAUAAAAAAUCGACCACUUUUAAGCCAGAAGAAGUCUUGUAAGAAAGCAAUGUAGUUGUUUAAUUUAUUUAGUAUAUAUCGAAUAUAAAGAUGAAUAAUAAAUGGAAAAUGCAUAUUCACGCAUAAAUUUUAAAUGCAGGAUCAUCAGAGUUAAUUACAAUUAAUCGAUAAACUCAGUGCACCCAUAAAUCACAAUGAAAGUGUGACAAUUGCAAGUGUUUAUACUUACAGCGCUGCAUACCAUAUAUAAAAUAUUUGUGUGUAUAUAUCAAUGUAUAUUUAUACAAAAAAAAUAAAUAUAAAAUUAUUAAAGCCCUACUUUAGUGUAUACAAAAUAAAUAAGAAAAUAGUGAAAUCUGAAUUGCCAAGGAGAAGCUAAUGAAGCAUAAUGCAUACAUUUUAUUAUAACGACUGACUGAAAAUAAUUGCGACAAUUUAUUCAUACGUCUACGGGUGCUUCCCGCUUCAAGUAUAAUGAAUCGUUAUAUUACACUCUCACAAUUGGGUGAUGGCACAUACGGCACAGUGGUGUUAGCUCAACGCAAGGACACUGGCGAAAAGGUGGCUAUCAAACGUAUGAAACGAAAAUAUUACUCCUGGGAGGAGGCGAUGAAUUUGCGAGAAGUCAAGUCACUUAAGAAACUCUCUCAUCCUAAUAUUGUAAAACUGAAGGAAGUCAUACGCGAGAAUGACACGUUAUAUUUUGUUUUUGAAUAUAUGAAAGAGAAUUUAUACCAAAUGAUUAAGGACCGUGACACACAUUUGCCAGAACCGACGCUCAAAAGUAUACUGUUUCAGGUACUCACAGGCUUGGCGUUUAUGCACCGCCAUGGAUUUUUCCAUCGUGACUUGAAGCCGGAGAAUUUACUUUGCUCUGGACCGGAGCUUAUUAAAAUUGCAGAUUUCGGCUUAGCACGCGAGGUACGUUCGCGACCGCCAUUCACGGACUAUGUGUCGACAAGAUGGUAUCGAGCGCCAGAGGUACUGCUGCAUUCCACAAACUAUGGCAGUUCCAUAGAUUUAUGGGCAAUGGGUUGCAUCAUGGCGGAGCUCUACACAUUUCGGCCACUCUUUCCGGGUAGCAGUGAAGUGGAUCAGCUGUUUAAGAUUUGUUCUGUUUUAGGAACGCCAGAGAAGGGAGAAUGGCCCGAAGGCUAUAGACUCGCUGCUACGAUACACUUUCGUUAUCCGGAAUGCAUCAAGGUGCCGCUCAAUACGAUUGUGACACGCUGCAGUCAGGCGGGAUUGGAUUUGUUGGAGGACAUGCUGCACUAUGAUCCUGAUAAGCGACCCACGGCACAGCAGAGCCUUAAAUAUGCCUAUUUUCAUGCGCUGAAACGUAUCUCACCCACGGCGGCGGCGAAAGCCAACGUCAAACUUACGGCCAAAUAUGCGGCAGCGGCUCCUGCUGCCAAUAUAAAUGCAACAACCAAUGCGAAUGCGAAUACGAAUGUCAAUGGCAGAAAUGCGGGGCAAUUGCCGAAUUUAUCGAAUAAUGUGCUUCCGGUGCAGGAGAAACUACAAGCGGUUACGGAGCUGCUGCAGCAAGGUAAUCGACAGCACAACAAUAGCAAUACCAUUAAUGCCAAUAACGCCGUAAAUGCAACGUUGAACAACAACAACAAUCGCGGGUACAACAAUAUGUAUGCUAGACGUGCGAUAAUUCCAUUGGCACAAAACCCCAACCAAAUGCAAGCGCCCAAAAUCAGUUUCCUGUCAAUAAAUGGUGGUGAUGCGACACGCUCCACAAUGCCGGUACAAAUGGCAGCUGUAAAUGCGCAGCAAAACACGCAUAUAAACAACAGUAUGCCGGCGAAUGCUAUAAACAAUGCCGCAAAUCGGCAAUUCCGUGACCAACUUGAAGAUAAUCUCUCGAUAAAGAGCGGCUCCAUACGCUACAACACAAUACUCGCGCCCUCCAGUCACAUAUAUCUGAACGGUGUCGGUGAAGCUGCGCUCCACAAGCGUUCACAGGAGAACCUCGCAUUCACCGAGUCCAUAAACGAUAUCUACUUGAAUCGCAACACCGGUCAGUUGCAGCCGCCACAACCGGCAAAUGUUUCUUUCAAUAACAGCGCUAACCCUGUAGGAAAUAUUAAAGCCGGUGUCAUCUAUUUGGCGAAUGGCCAUCGAAAUUAUGCACUCUUUGAGACCGCCACGAAGAAUGCUAAGAAUUCGGCGAAAAUUAAUAACUAUUACCUGCAGACACGUCCAAGCUUGUUGAACCUCGAUGCAGUUGGUAAGGAUGCGAAGGUCUAUAAUAUGUUCUCCAAGGUGGUGCCCAAACAAGCGCCACCAAGCAAUAUAAUUAUGCGUAAUGCCUUCGAACCGAACGGAGACAGCAAUGAUUAUACAAAAAAUAAUGAGCAAACCGUGGAGAAACCACUUUUCGAGCGUCUCGGUGGCGACAAAAAGUCGACCUUGCCGAACGGUCGAAAUACGGAGCGCAGUAAGGACGAUGAACUCGAUCUUAUAUUAGGUUCGAAAAUCAAAACAUCAGCCAAACGUCAACGUCAACGCAAUGGAAAAGCAAAUAUUUUGCUUGAAGAUCUCUUCGGGCACCUAUCGCUCGAUUCGGAUAGCGAAACAACAAAGUAUCCAAAUACAGUUCCAUUAACGACGCAACAACAACAAACAUUAGCGGAACGUAACUCCAAUUUGCCAAAUGGUUAUUCCAAUGAGACUUCAUUGACGGAGAAGAGUAAGAUGUACAUACCUAGUAGCAUUGAAGUAAAUAACGGUAGUUAUGCUGACUCGCUGUCGACAAAUGCUUCUAGUAUAUCUAAGGAUUCACUUGACCCGCCCACAGAUGAUGAGUGCCAAUUUUGGCCCAUUAGAGUUGAUCCACAGUCCGUUGAGCAGACAAAAGCAAAAAUGCAACCAUGGGACGGUACGAAUAAGACAGAAGAUGAGAAAUUGACGGCGUGGAUGGUUGCGGAAAAUGGCUCUUUGCUUGAGAAGAAAAUCCUUAAUGGACUCAGCGAUAAAAACAGUUCCGAAUGGAAUACAGCGUACCUUAACUAUUAAUCAUGA